CCAUCACCAGAUGAAGGGCAGAAAAAAAAUCUUUAAUUAUUUGUCGAUCAAAUCCAAGAUAUGUCAUCAGAUUCUCAGACUGCCUGCUCUUAAGUUUAUUAAUCCAUCAGUGUGUUAUUUACGUUUGCAAUCCUCUUCCUCCAUCGAAGUCGAUCUCUGCGCUGAUGUUGAUUGGGCACGUCACGCAAGUCCAUGAGAUCGAAUCGAGUCCGGUUGCUGAACCACAGAAUCAUCAAGGACCUAACAGACGGCGGUUUCUUCGAGCAAGCCCUCCAUGCUUACCGAUGUCUUCGUCUUUCCGACGUAAAGCCCGACAGAUUCACAUUCACGUAUGUGCUCAAGUCCUGCGUCGGCAUUUUAGCUAUUGAUGAAGCGAUGUCGAUCCACUCCCACAUCUUCAAGUGUGGUUUCGUAUGCAAUUUGCUUAUCACUAAUUCCUUGAUAGAAGUGUAUUCUAAUUUUGGCGCGUUAAGCUCCGCCCGGCAGUUGUUUGAUGAUAUGCCUCAGAGGAACUUGGCUUCCUGGAACUUAAUGAUUUCUGGCUACGGGAAGAACGGUCACUAUAAGGUAGCCUUGGAGCAGUGUAGUUAUAUGAAGCAUGAAGGAUUAGUAUUAGAUAAAGUGGGCGUAAAGAUUGUUCUUCCGAUAAUUGGCCAUGUGAAAGCCUUUAGUCUGGGUAAAUGCAUUCAUGCUCAUGUCAUCAAUACUGGUUUAUCUAAAGACACAGCUGUAGUGACUGCUCUUUUAGACAUGUAUUCGAGAUGUGGAGAAUUUCGUGCUUCGAGCCACCUCUUUGAUGAGAUAUCGCACAAGGAUGUCAUAUGUUGGAAUGCAAUGAUCACCGGGUACUCUCAACUUGGUAAACCUCUUUUGGUUCUUGAGCUCUUUAAGCGAAUGCUGUUCGAAGGCUUCGGGCCAAGCAUUCCUACCAUAUUUCUUCUACUUCAUGCUUGCACUGUUCUAUCUGUUAUCCAAGUUGGAAAGUGUAUGCAUGGCUAUAUCACAAAGCUUGGUUUCAGUUCAGAUGUUUCUGUAAGCGGACUUCUGAUAGACAUGUACUCUAAAUGUGGAGAGUUGGGUUCUGCUUCUCGUGUUUUCGGUGAGUUGUCCAGAGGGAAUGUUCAUUCAUGGACUUCCAUGAUUCAUGGUCUUGGCAUGCAUGGAUAUGGUAGGGUUGCUCUGAUGGCAUUUUUUAAGAUGGUGAAGAUGGGCAUUGUUCCUGAUGGCAUCUGCUUCCUUGUCUUGCUAGCUUCUUUCAGCCACUGCGGAAUGAUGGAGGAAGGGCAUAAAAUAUUCUAUUACAUGGUAUCACAAUAUGGUGUCCAGCCUAGUAUGGAGCACUAUGCAAGGAUAGUUGAUCUUUUUGGGCGGGCAGGAUACAUAAAUGAAGCAGUGGGGUUUCUAUCGCAGAUGCCAAUAGAACCGGAUAGUACUGUCAUGGGGGCUUUACUUAGUGCAUGUAGAAUUCAUGAUCAUAAAGAGACGCAAGAAGUAUUUGAGAGGUUCUUCGAACCAAAGUGGUCAGCUGCAGGUCUCUACAAGGUCUUGUUGGGCAUUCAUGCAUGCAGGGGCCGUUGGGAUGAAGUCAUUAAGAUCAGAAGGUUGAUGAAAGAGAGGGGCUUAAAGGGUACCUCCGGAUGUAGUUUGAUAGAAUUAAAUCCAUGAAGUUUGACAAUGAUUUCAGAAUUUUAUCACAUAUUUCUCAUGUGAUGGAAGCUGAGACAUUUAAUUUAGUUUUUUUCUUCUUCUCAUUUAUCCUCUUCUUCCUGACACAUAGAUUAGGUAAAAAAGAAGCCGAAAGAAAACCCAAAGAACUCGUGUUAAGAUCAGGUUCAUAUACAUGUUCUAGAAGAGCAAAAUUCAAAUUAUAAUGUCAGGUUGAACAGUUAAGCUAACUUUUAAUUUUAUAAGAAUCUGAUGAAGAAGAUGCUGAACCAGGCUCGAAUGGGGCACUGUUGUUGUCAUCUCACUUGUUCUGGAUGUAAAUGCAUUGGGAAGGUUACCAUCCUGAAUCUUGAAGCUCAACGGUGACUGAGCUUCCAGAUGGAAACAGAGCCAUGCCCAUUUAAAUCUAUGUGAUUUUGGAGGUCUCAAUCACUGGAAUCCAGCAUGAUUUGAUGGAGAUCACAGCAAGGAUCUCUUUGUGCACUGAUGAGCAAGGAGCAGUUGUUAGCAGUUGUUACGGUUGCGGACAAGAAGAUCCAUAUGUAUAAUACAUUAGUCUAUGAAGCUCUAGUUUUUGAGGAGCAUACCAGUUUGGCACUAUGUCACCCUUGGGAGUCCACACACACCAGAGGCACCAGAGAUCUCUCCAGAUUGCUUGGGAGGCACAUCACUUAUAUAACAUUCUUGCAGCAGUUCCGGUCGGAAAUGUGUUAAAGAGUGCCACUGGAGGACAUUUUCAGAGGACUGAGGAAGUUGAUGUGGCUUCGGGUAGGUGUGAGCUUAGAGAUGUGGAACAAGAAUUUGGAGUAGUCUUAGAUCAUGCACAUACACCAGAUUCUCUGUCCAGACUUUUGGACACUGUUGCAGACCUAUGGCCUGCAGACUCGUCUUCGGUAUGCUACUUUUCAAAUGCAUUUUCCUUCAUAUCUUCAGAUUCAUACAUUUGGUUCUUUUACUUCAUGUCGGCAAUACUUAUGUGCUAAAAUGAUUCCUUGUUUGCUCUUAGACAUCAUACUUCAUGAACUUCUGCUGAAUAACUCAAUUUCCCUGGCUGAUUGUAUAAAAGAUUACAGUCUUGAUACAUUUUCAUGGAAAAUUUUGGAAAAUAAGACUAGUAUCUUUGGCAGGUAGCAAGAGCUAAACGUCUGAUUCAAAUAUGUAGAACAAGGGUCAAGAGUAAUACAUGAUAAAAACAAGUACAUAAAAUCAGGUUGAAUUUUUUCACUUAGUUUCAAAUUUUUACUUAUUUAAGCAAAUAGUAUCAGGCUUUAUUCACCGACAAAAUUUUCUCUCCUAGGUCAAGUGUACUUCUACGGUAGUGUUUGGACUUGAGUGUUCAGCUGAAUGGUUGAAUUUUUCCUCACAAUGUAAACCAUUCGUCACACUAAAUGGAUGACAAUAUUUUAUUAAUCAAAGAGGGAAAAAUGGUUCUAGUCUUGCAUUUCAAUGCUUCUCCUAUGAUUUCUUAAUUCUUAUUUGUUAAUCUAGAUUAGUCCUUGACUCUUAUCUAGUAAAAAGUUACACUACUGUAAUGUAAUUAAAUUUGUCGAGGUUCUUUGGUAGACAUGAACAAGUUUGUGAUAUGUUGGUGCCUUUUCAGUAAUCGAUGACUGGUUUAUUGGCUAUAAUUUGUCAUUUUUCCAUGUAGAUGGUGAGCACUUAUUGCUGUUAUUGGAUGUUGAGAGAAGGAUUGGUUUGGUGCACAUACCUUAUACAUAUGAAUAAAAAUUGAGAAGAAACAUGAUAAUAAAACUACAGUUGUUAUUGUUAUGUUAACUACAGUGCCUUUGUAUGAUUUGUUGGAUAGAUCAUUUUCCCUAUUUUCCUGAUAAAAUUUAAAAAAAGAGAGAAAAAUCAGCAUCAUUGUCAAGAACUCGAAGUUUGGCUUUUUAAGUCAAACAAUUAUUCAUAUUAUGGCAUUUAGUUAAAGUGAAAAUUCAAGCCAUUUUACCCUUCCUUAUAGUAUUUUACUAUUUUAAACAGAAGAAUACUGCUUUGAUACA